AUGAAAGGCUCCAUUUUCUCUUUCCUUACCACUCUCUUACUGUUUUUGAGCCUGUCCACUGCUAGUCCAGUCGGCCAAGAUGCUGGCAAUCUUGCGAAACGGGUCAGCGCUGGGUCGCUGCAACAGGUGACCAACUAUGGUAGCAACCCGUCCGGAACCAAGAUGUUUAUCUACGUUCCCCGGAAGUUGGCCAGCAGCCCCGGUGUCGUUGUUGCCAUUCAUUACUCUUACUACACUGGCUCCCCCUACGCUCAGCUGGCUGAGCAGUAUGGCUUCAUUGUCAUCUAUCCCGAGAGUCCCUACAGCGGAACUUGCUGGGACGUCAGCUCCAAGGCUGCCCUGACCCACAACGGUGGUGGUGACAGCAACUCCAUCGCCAACAUGGUUACCUGGACUACCCAACAAUACAAGGUGGACACCAGCAAGAUCUUCGUCACCGGAUCCAGCUCGGGUGCGAUGAUGACCAAUGUCAUGGCUGCUACCUACCCGGAGCUGUUCAAGGCCGCCAGUCUUUACAACGGUGUUCCCGCCGGAUGUUUCUACUCGGCCGCCAAUCAAGCCGAUGCCUGGAACAGCACUUGCGCACAGGGUAAGAGCAUCACCACCCCCCAGCACUGGGGUGAUAUCGCCAGGGCUAUGUACCCCGGUUACACUGGCUCUCGCCCUCGCAUGCAGAUCUACCACGGCUCCAUCGACACGACCCUCUACCCCGAGAACUACCAGGAAACCUGCAAGCAGUGGGCCAAUAUCUUCGGAUACAACUACAACGCUCCCCAGUCGAUCAAGAACAACAGCCCCCAGUCCGGUUACACUACUACCACAUGGGGUCCCAAUGUGCAGGGCAUUCUCGCCUCGGGCGUCGGCCACACGGUUCCCAUUCACGGAUCGGGCGAUAUGGAUUGGUUUGGAUUCUCAGGUAGCGGUUCCUCCGACGGCGGCUCCCCCGGCAGCGGCUCCUCGCCUUCUACGACCACAUCGACUAACGGAGGCAGCCACACAACAACAAGCGUGAGCACCCAACCCACCGGAGGCUCGCCCGGAUCUGGCGGCGGCACCGUUCCGCGAUGGGGUCAAUGCGGAGGUAACGGUUGGACCGGUCCAACUCAAUGUGCGGCGGGAUUCACUUGCACCGUCUCCAACCCCUGGUAUUCCCAGUGCUUGUAG